AUGAGAAAAUGGAACCCUCCUUUUGUGACUAUUAACUACAUCCAACCCACUAUAACUAAAGAGAAAUUAGCAUUUCAUUCAUUCACUCGUCAUUCAUUCACAAUUGUAGUAGAAGAAGAAGAAAAAGAAGAAAGAAGAACCUACAUUAAGAUGUAUAAUCCACCACCUCCACAACCACCAGCUGGUAAGAAUAGUUAUUAUAGACAACCUAAUUCUACCCCAAAUGUAGGUGCCCCAGGAGCACCUACUGUACCUAACUUUGCCGUACCACCUCCUUCUACAGCUAAAUAUCCACCAGGACCACCACCAGCAGGCCAAUAUCCACCACCUCCACCACCCUCUGCACCUGGAGCCGGUCAAUAUCCUCCACCUCCACCACCAGGUGGCCAAUUCACACAACCGGGUCAAUACCCAACACCUGCACCAGGCCAAUACGGUGCUCCGGGCGGUCAAUUUGGCGGUGCUCCACCAGCAGGUAUCUCUUUGGUCAAAGACCAAACCAUCUCUCUCAGCAAGGAAGAUCCAUAUCUCAGAAGAGUAUUUGUUGGUUUGGGUUGGGAUGUAAAUCAAAUUCAAGGUUAUCCAUUUGAUCUCGACGCUGUCGUUUUCAUGUUGUCACCAAGUGGAAUGGUUAGAGCAAGUCAAGAUUUCAUUUUCUACAAUAACAAAGUAUCACGUGAUGGAUCCGUUUCUCAUCAAGGUGAUAAUCUUACUGGAUAUGGAGAAGGUGAUGAUGAAACUGUUACGAUUGACCUUGGAAGAGUAUCAACCGAUGUUUGUAGAUUAGUAUUUGCCGUUUCGAUUCAUGACGCCGAACAAAGAAGACAAACCUUCCAACAAGUACCACGUGCUUUUAUUAGAAUUGCCAACCAAGAGACUGGCAGAAAUAUUUGUAGAUUUGAUUUAUCCAAUGAAGGUGGUAGUAAUACUGCUCUCAUUGCUGGUGAAGUGUACAGAGAUGGACCAGAAUGGAAAUUUGCUGCCGUUGGAAAGAGUUUCCCAGGUGGUCUACGUUAUCUAUGUCAAAUGUUUGGUGUCACUUUAGGUUAA